ACAAACAGUCUGUCAGAAGGCUAAAAAUAACGCAUAUAAAUAGCCCAUCACCCAUGCAGCAGGGGCGGGGUGGUCCUGAGGUGCUGGUGAUUGUGUAAGCUUCUGCAGGGUGCACACACACACACACACAACACAUUGAACAGGAAGACAUACCGAAACAGACAGACCAAACGAUCAGUUAAGGGCAGCGGACACCCAGCAGCGAGCUAAGUUGGGGAAAUUGACCAGAAGCCCCCCGCACACAUGGCAUCGCCACCGCCAGAGGGGCCCCCUCAGCCCUCAGCAGAAGCCGAAGCAGAACCCGCGCCCAUCUGCCCGGUCUGCCAGGGUCCCGAGCCGCUGCUGCUCCCCUGCGGGCACAGCCUGUGCCAGGCCUGCCUGUCGCUGUGCCAGGGCGAGCUGGGGCAGGAGCAGUUGGGCUGCACCGAGUGCUUUGGCAAGGAGCUGCUCAGCAGCGUGCUCAAGCUCCUGCAGGACACGCUGUUCCAGGGCCAGCUGAGGCGGCCGCGGCCCCUGGGGGGGGGGCCUGGGGGAGAGGAGGACGCGGCGGGGGACAAGCCCUGGGAGGUGUGCGCGGAGCACGGCCAGAGGACAGGGCUCUACUGCACCGAGGACGAGGAGCUGGUGUGUGAGGAGUGUGUGAGAGAGGAGCACGAGGAUCAUCUCACCUGCUCCACAGAGGAGGCCGUGGAAGACUGUAAGAGAGAACUGAGAUCUACACUGAGGCCCUUGCAAGAGAAGCUGCAGACUCUGAACACUGCCAAGCAGACCUGUGACGACACAACAGACCACAUCAAAAAACAGUCCGAGCACACAGAGAGGCUGAUGAGGGUGGAGUUUGAGAAGCUCCACCACUUCCUGCGUGAUGAAGAGGCCGCUGCGAUAGCCGCACUCAAAGACGAGGAGGAACAGAAGACCCGCAAGAUGAAACACCGACUGGACAGACUGUCCGGAGAGAUCGCCUCUCUGAUGGACGCCAUCAGCACAGCAGAGGAGGCCAUGGAAACUGACGACAUACUGUUUCUAAAGAACUAUAAGAAGAUAACUGAAAGAACUCAGUGCACCGUGCCUGAUCCACCAGAACUAUCAGAAUCGCUGAUUGAUGUUGCCAGUCACGUGGGGUGCCUUAAGUACAGAGUCUGGGAUAAGAUGCAAAGUAUCGCUCAGUACAAUCCUGUGACCCUUGACCCCAACACAGCAGACAUUUGUCUGUCAGUAUCCGACGACCUCCUCACUGUCCGCUACACAGAGGAGGAUCAGCAGCUGCCCGACAACCCGGAGCGCUUCAGCUUCUACGAGUGCGUGCUGGGCUCUGAGGGCAUCAUCUCCGGCUGCCACUGGUGGGAUGUGGAGGUGGGCGACUGCUCUGAGUGGGCCCUCGGUGUCGUCUUGGACACCGUCCAGCGCAAGGAGUGGUUCCCGCCCAGCCCCGAGCGCGGCAUGUGGACCAUCUGCUUGUUGGGCGGUGAGUACCGCGCCCGCACCGCGUCCAACACACCCCUGGCGCCCAAGAAGAAGCCGCAGCGGGUGCGUGUGCAGGUGGACUACGAGAGGGGGCGGGUCACCUUCUCUGACCCCAGUGACAACGCGCUUCUGUACAGGUUCAAGCACAAGUUCACUGAGAUGGUGUUCCCAUACUUCUCCAACACCUGCAAGCGCCACCCACUGCGCCUCUCCACUGGAAAAGUCACAGUCAUCACUGACUAAGCUGCACUAGUGCUUUUGUAGUCUGUUCUAAGCUGCACUAGUGUUUUUGCAGUCUGUACUAAGCUGCACUAGUACCUCAGUAGACUGUUCUAAGCUGCACUAGUGUUUUUGCAGUCUGUACUAAGCUGCACUAGUACCUCCGUAGACUGUUCUAAGUGGCAGUCUUUCUGAAGUCUCUGUACUAAGAUGCACUAGUGCUUCUGUACUAUGUUGUACAGUAAGUCAAACUAACCAUUAGUGUGAACUUUAGACAUGUCCUUUAGUAGACAUUUAAUUGUGGCUUUUCCUUUAAAAUGAGAGGAUGAGUAGAACUUCAGACAUUCAAAAGGGGGUGGUGUCCCUUAAGAGAAAUUACAUUUGUACAGAGGGACAUUAGAAAGAUGUAGUUGUUCUAUCAUCACACUGCCUCAAAGAAUGUUCUGAGAAAAUAGAGCUAAGACAACUGGAAUGUAGCAGUUUGGUAUGUGCCAUAUUCCAGAUAGCUGAAUAGUGUCCUCACCCACAUGAUAUUGGGCUUAGUGAGAGUUCACCACAAAAGCAGAUCUGAAUAUCACCAGUGGUUUCGUGUUUGGUUUGAUAUUAUUCCCCUUCAUAACCUGAGGUAAGAGAUGCCACCAUCCUUUUUGAAAGGCGGGGAUGUGUGUUGUGUUGAUGUAUAAUAGCAUUGCUGAUGAUAUUGUAUAUCAUAUAUAAUCAUUGAGCAUGCCACAUGCAUGGUAUACUAUGUACAUAUGAGAUGUACAGAGGAAAAUGUAGUAUAAACACAGUCUGGAACUGUCUAGGCCCAUUACUUUUCUGCAGUGGAAAUAAUUUAACAUUCAUGGCUUUGCAUGAGACUAGAAUUACAUAUGUUGUUGCAUUUUGCACUUUUGCAUAAACAAAACAUGCUGCUGUCCAUUUCUUAAGUCUCUUUCAUGGGUAUAUAGCCUUGAGAGUGUUGUAUAGAUGUUUAACAUUUUUGGAUGUAAUAGAAAUAAAGACUUUUUAGACAAAA